GAAACAUCGAGACUUAAAUUGAUAAACACCAGAAGAAAGUCCAAAAAAUGUUUAUAUUUUAUUUUUAGAUUUUCUAUAAUUUUAGGUUAGUAUUAUUGCAAUCGAAAGUUAUUUCAUAAUCAUUUAAAAAUGUGCCAGGUUGGCAUGGCUUCCCUUGUCGCUAUCAAGGGAGAUUAAAGCAGUAUGACCUGUCUGACCAUGAGCAGGAAUAUUUGUCAGUUGGCGCUCAGAAGAAAAUGGAGGACAGAAUACCUAGUUCGAUUUUGUACGCGAUCAGACGUGCCAGGCCAGACAGUGGAAACAAAAGAAGGUUCCCAGAUCAGUUACAUUUUAAAUGACCAGAAUGAAAGAGGAGCAUUUAGUGGACCUUUUGCUUCUUACUUUACCAAAAUUAGAGCAGGGGACCUCCAUCAGGACAGUCACCAGCAAAAAGUUGUUGAGAGAUUGCAAGUUUUGCAUGAACAAUUGGUGAACUACAAUCCUGAUGUGCACACUAAAUCGUGGAUUUCAAAGGCCCUCUGGAGAAAUCAGAAGAGCACUCCACCAAAAGGAAUCUACCUCUAUGGUGGUGUAGGUUGUGGCAAAACCAUGCUAAUGGACCUCUUCUACAGUACAUCACAAAGACAGAGAAAACAACGAGUGCAUUUUCAUAAAUUUAUGUUGGAUGUUCACUCGCGAAUUCACAAAUUAAAGAAAGGUCAUUCAGCAGGAACUUCGUCAGGUAGGACGUCUCAGUCAUUGGACCCCAUCACCUUGGUGGCUCAAGACAUAAGAGAAGAUACCUGGCUAUUGUGCUUUGACGAGUUUCAGGUAACAGACAUCGCUGAUGCUGUCAUUUUGAAGCAGCUGUUCACAGCACUUUUUGAGUCUGGUGUGGUGGUUGUGGCAACAUCAAACAGAGCACCUGAUGAUCUGUACAAAAAUGGCUUACAGAGAGGAAACUUUGUGCCAUUCAUUGGAAUCCUUAAGAAAUUUUGUGAUGUAAUACAUCUAGAUUCUGGCGUGGACUAUCGGCUGCGUUCUCUCCCAUCUGAGGGCAAAGUAUAUUUUAUAUUAUCUCAGUGUGAUGCAAAUGCUGAAAUGGACAAAAUUAUGAGGGAUCAUAGUGAGCAAAUUAAAGAAGAAAUUGUUCCAAGAACCUUAACGAUUCUGGGUAGGAAUCUUUCUCUGCCUAGUACCUGUGGACGUGUUCUGGACACAGAUUUUAAUGCCAUGUGUUGUCAGCCUCUUGGAGCAGUAGACUAUCUAGAAAUCUGCAAACACUUUGAUGUGAUUCUCUUGCGAAAUAUAUGUAUCAUGGACAUGUCCAAGAGAACCGAGGCACGGCGCUUCAUUACACUUAUUGACACCCUGUAUGACAACAAGGUAAAAAUAGUAUGUUCAGCAGAGGCAGAAUCAAGCAAGCUGUUUCUUGCAAAGAACCUUCAUGUCUUUGACGUGGAUGCUAAUCGAGCAUUGAUGGAUGAUUUAGGAAUUCAUGCUGCCUCUGUACAGCAGCAUGCCAGCAUUUUCACUGGUGAGGAGGAGCUGUUUGCAUUUGAUAGAACUGUGUCUCGUCUCACUGAAAUGCAGACUCAGGAAUACUGGAACCUGGACCGCCCUGAGGUGCCUACUUGAUGAAGGUCUUCUUAGUUAGGUGCAUCUUAAAGCAAUUUAUUUGAAAAUAUUAACAAGAUAAUCUCAGAAUGCAGUUUAUAAUUGUGCUUUAUGCCUGCGGUGAAAAUGAGUGAAUAGUGAUGUGCUUACAUUUUAAGUUGAAAGUAUUUGGGCCAUUAAAUGGUCACUUUAGUCCUUUUAUUUGGGAAAAAUAUGGUCACCUGUAUUCAUUAGGGACAGAAUGGAUUUCAUUGACCUUAUUACUUGGGACAAAUAUGAUUAUCAAAUCUUGUGACUUCAGGCAAAAAACUGUUUAUCUAGUGCCAGUUACUAGACACUGAGCAGCAAUGUGAAGCCUGUGAGCACCUUUUUUUGUUGCUUUUCUUUUGAAAAUUGUGAGUAGGCCUGGGAGUUACAACCAAUUAAUAUACAUUAUGAGGAAUUUAAUAUGCAUUAUGAUAUUUAUAACCCAAAUGAGAACACCACUUAAAUCAAAGGUUCAUCAACUUGCAAAAGUUGGCAGGGACUUGACAACGAAUACCCAUUUUGGCCAGGCAGUAGUUGUCACUUUUAUAAUAGGUAAAGGAUGUUGGCCACUUUCUUCUUGUGCUUUUUGCCAAGAGUUGAAGUAUUAUAUCGAAAUGAAUCAUUAGGGCUGCAGCAGGAUCAAUAUAUUUAUAUCAGUCAGAGAACAUACUCGUAAAACAGCAUAUUAUUAUUUUUUUUAUUUUGGUCUGUCAUGUUCGUCUCGAGAUGUAAUCUCAUUUAAAGCUCAGUUUAGCACUGUUCUAUCAGAUGCAGAAAAGAUUUCAUGUUUAUCUUAAUUUUUGGUAUUUUGUAUUUAUACCAUUUGGGCCUUCCAUCUUAGAUGAUAUUAUUCAAACUGUUUGAUAUUUGAUGUGAUGAAAUCAUCUGUAAACUUUUUUGGUUGAAUUGGAAGGAAUAGAGGAACAAUGAUGAGUUAAAUGUUACAGAAUGUGUAAAGAAAUGGUUUUGUUUCUUUACCACUGACAAGUUCGAUUCACCAUUUACAUGCUAAUCAAGAGGAAGAAAAAUAUACAAGUUGCAUAUUAUCUAUCUACUGCACACAUGUUCCUUUGUGCAUGCAGUUGUAUCAGGUUUUUGAUACAGCCUCUAAGAUUAGUGACAUGAUUUAUUGUGUCUAUUAUCUGAGAACAGUACUGUGCAGAAUGAUUGAAAGUUUGGUUUGACAUGGUCUUUUUUCUGUUUAAUUCUGUAUUUGUGGUUCAUCUCUGUACAUAUGCAUGAAUGAUGAUGCAGUUUGGAUGGGAGGGACGUUUUUCAAAGGGUCAUUCAUCUCUACAUUCUUUAGUAUAUCUUUGCAGACUUUUUCUUUUCUCAGACUGAUCAGAUGACAGUUUUAUGUGGAGGGAUCAUAGAAAUAUGCUGUUUGAAUGAUUUAUAUAUUUUUGGAUUUUAUUAGAUGUAGACCUGAAUGAUUGCAAGUCCAUGUGGACUGGGGGUGGAAGCUAAUUUCCAUAGUAUAUUUUUGAAUGAGGUACAUUAGGAAGGAACAGAUCAGACAUUUUCAUCUGUGUAGCUGUUGCUAUGUUUGUGGGUAAGGUUUAGAAAUAAGACUUAAACCCUAUUCUUUCUCACCUCCAAAAAGACCAAAAGAAAAGGGGGGCGGGAGGUUCUUGAACUUUCUGCGUUGCUAGCGCCACAAGUUUCAUACGCACAUUCACCGAACCCUUCUUUAGUGUCAUCACGAAUUGCGGGUGUCUUGACCUCCGUGGCGGAGGCUCCGCCGAACCCCUGAGACCGACUCGCCGAACCCCUAGGGUUCGAUAGAACCCCGGUUAAGAACCACUGAUCUAGGGGCUUGGGUGGUCUGUUCAGAGCCUUAAUGAUGGUCUUUAUCUCUGCCAGGCUGGCCUUUCUUUCAUCCUCCUGAUUUUGUUAUUGUGUCAGUCUUCUCGUUGCCUUCAAUACCACAGUGCCAGGAUAUCCACUACAGAACUGCUUUAAGGCAAUUGAUAUUUCGCUCCAGUAUUUAUUCUUGAUUGUGAACUUUGGGACUAGGCUAUCCCCAGUACAGUAGUGGGGCAACCACUAUAUAAAUAUUUUAAAACAUUUUUUGCCGACUUAGCAGCAACGAAAGUCAACAGUUAUAUGGAGAAAAUUGUGUAUUUUAAAUAUAAAUUUUAGGCCAGAGAAGGAGUAGUAUCAUAAGUGGAAAGACUUUGACCAUACUGCUGAAACCGUUUAAUGUAAAGAUCCUGCCUUCAUGCCUUGUCAUUACACACACACAAUGCGUUGUUAUUAUCUUACACACCCCUUCAAAGUGGUAGAUGACCCUAGUGAAUCAAGCAAUCUUGCUUCCCUCUGUCUUUAAGUACAGGACAGUGUCUGGCAAUGUGUCUCCUGUAAGGUGGAUCUUUGAAAAGGAAUGAAUAGAACCUCAAAGAUCGACACCGUCUCCUACACGUGACAACAGCGCCGACAAAAGGCGAAACAAGAAAACACUGGUGACGAUCCCUCUCAUCUUUCGGGUUCAUGGGUUGAUGUAGUACGUGACGUACAUGGUGAUGUACAGUGUGAUCGAUUAGGUGAUACAGGGGGACGUACUAGGGGGUGUACAGGGUGAUGUAGACUAAAAUAGCCCGGACCAACUAUGACGACGCUGACCGCCAGGUACUCCUCUCUGGAUACAAAUAUCUCGACACUUAAGAUGCUCUGACCCUAGUCCGAGUCAGUAAGAUGUCUUUUGUUAUUUACUUAUUCGUUCGUUCUAUAUCUUUAGUUUCUCUUGUUUUAUAUGCAUUUAUUACUUUUAUGAAUGUCACUUUAAACAUUCCUUGACUUGGAACAUGUGAGUGUGCUUGUACUCACCUAACCCAUGCGUGUCACAAAGUUUAUGUGGUCAUUGCCGUUCCUUUCAGCCUCACAGUCCAUUGGAAUGUGACGAUUCAUAAAAAAAGUUCCUGCAAUCAGCGUUCUAAUUUCACCUAACAUUCAGCAUUCACAGCCUGUUGACUUCACAACAGUUCCGUUGGAACUCUUGGUCAUGAUAUCUGGUAGAUAACAUAGGCUUCGUAGAACGCAUGACGAGCGCCUUCAUUUUGAUUUUCUGUCAUCUGGCAAAACCAAAGAGAAUUAAGCAAUUAUCUCUUCAGGUGGUAAUUUUCUGCGUCGGGACAGGGCACAACAGACUAAAGGACCACCCUUACCGCUUUGUGUCAGCAAAGUGAUGUUUAAAGUGAUGCAUUCCUCGCAUUAACAUUUUAAUUACAAAGAACGAGGUACGUAGUUUUAUGUCAAUUUAUUACUAUACUGCUUUUACAAAAGGACAUUUAGUUUUGA